GCUCAAUGGUGGCGGAUAUUUGCAUGAAAAGGAUAAACAUUUAAAUUGAGGGAUUUCUUCGCCCGUCCUGUGUUGUGCGUGUGUGAGUGUUUGUCGGGGGACCGCUCGCUACCGACGUGGCUCUCUCCACUCUCCUUUGCCAUAUUUUACAUGGCGCUAGCAGCGUAGCCAAAAAGACUAGCUUAAAGAAAGGGGAGGAGGCACCACAGAGGAGAGAGAGCGACAGAAAAAAGGGGGACGCGUUGGAAAUCAAAUGUUCAUCAGCGUUUCGCCCAUUGGCGGCCAAAUCCGCGACAUCUUCAUCAUGAGCGGGACCGGAUUUGGACUACUUUCGUGGAAAUGAUAAACGUGGACGGAGGAAAAUGAGGAAGACUGUCUUUUAUCGACGUGGUUGGAAUAUAACCCCAUAGACCCCCCUCUUUUUUCAUCCAGCUUUCUCCUCCUCCCCUCCAUUUCUCUUUCAAUAUGCUGUUUUCCACUCCGGAUGACUUGCUUACGAAACCAGGGAAAAUAGCCUGAAACGGAGCUCGGGAAAGACUGGAUUUCCCCCCCCCGCCUCCCUCCACCCCCCCGCCUUGCGACGUCGCUUUCGCACACGGUUGUCUCCCCAUAUAGAUGGAUAGAAAUUAUCCCGGAACAGGGUUCGGCGAUUUGGGCGCUGGAGCAGGAUGGAGUUACGAGAGGUCGGCCAAAGCAAGUCUUGUGUAUGGGAGUUCCAGAUCAUCCCACCCUGAGUCUGAGCUCCUCCACCGCCAAGCCUACGCCACCCCACACCCUCUGCAGGGCUAUGCCACCAAUCACCACCCAGGGAGCUCCGGACAAGGCGGGGCUUGGGGAGCAGCUGGACGGAGUUUGGGUCUGUCGGGGCUGUUUGACACUGGCCUGCACCAUGCCAGCCCCUCGGCCCCUGAUGCCUCAGUCAUGAAUCUGAUUUCUGCAUUGGAAUCUCGGGGUCCCCAGGCUCCCCCCUCCGCCUCCUCCUUACUCUCCCAGUUCCGCACACCAUCCUGGCAGACAGCGAUGCACACACCUGCUCCUCCAGAAUUAUUCAUUUCUGGAGCGCUUCCUGGCUCAGGCUCCUUCCCCUCCUCCUCUGCUCUCUCAGCCUAUCAGCAUCCAGCAUCUUUUUCCAGCCGCUCCUUUCCCGGUGCCUCCCUUUCCCUCCAGGACACACCCACGUUUAGCCCCACAUCCAACGGGCUACUCUCCCCACAUGACCCCUUACUACACAUCAAAGCUCCAUCCCAGUCUAGCCUGGGUUUUGACAGACUCCUGUCCUCGCAGGGCGCUGCUGCAGCAGCCUACAGGGGCAGCCAAGACCCUACAGGUGCCUCAUCAGCCCAGGCAUCCUCUGCAAGGCACCUGCAGUCUCACCAGUUCAACCUGCUGUCAUCACAGCUCCAGGACCAGUCCUCCCAGCUGUAUAAUGCCUCAGUAUUCUCCUCAGCCCAGCCCCAAGCUCAGUCCCAGUCCCAGUCCAACUCUGCUCAGGAGCGGGCCGUGCCCAGACAGGACAGCGUUAUCAAGCACUACCAGCGGCCCACCCCAGCGCAGCCGCAACUCUCAUCCUCCGCUGCCCACUCCCUACAGCACUACCUCAGCUGUGGAGGGGCAGGGUACCAACAAAUAGCUACCCAUCACAGGCAUGCUGGCCUUUCUUGCAGCCCGCUGGGUGACCAGAGCCCCUCAUCUGACCACAAAGCCUCCUCUCGUACAGAGCAGUAUCGCCCAAUCAUUCAGCCUCCGUAUUCUUCAUCCUCCUCUUCCUCUUCCUCCUCUGCUGGGAAAGGUACCAAAAGCAGCUCCAGCAGUGGUUACUCCUCUGCAAGUUCAGCAUCGUCCUCAAGAACUCCUCUCACACCCCCUUCUGCAUCAUCUACCUCCUCAUCCUCUUCAUCAUCUUCUGCCACCCCAGGGGCUCACCCUUCCAACUCAAUCCCCACCUCAAGCUCCAGUGCAGCCCCCUCCAGGCAGCAACCCCCCACUCAACCAGCUCCACCUCCCCCAACCCCUCAGCAGCAACAGCCCCCUCCCACCUCAACACCUCAAUCCCUCCCCAAAUCCUGCCUUUCUGGCUAUGGUUCUCCUGUGCCCCCUGUAAAAACCCCUACCUCUACUCUUACUGGUCAGACCCCACCCCAGCAGCAGACUCAGUCAUAUUCCCCAAAUCAGCCCCCUACUUCUCACCUUGCUCAGUCCUAUGGAGGUUUCAGUUCCCCACAAGCCCAGGACCUUAGCUCAGGUACUGGUGGAAAAGGCUAUGGAAGUUUAGGAGGGCGAAGUCAGUCAUAUCCCACUGAUAUAUAUGGAGCCGAUUCUGCUUAUGGAUCACUUCCCUCUUCUUUGGGUGGAGCUGGAAGCCCAUCAUUAGGUUAUGGUGCCCCAGGCCAUUCCCCUGCGCUUUUAAGAUCAAGUGGUUCAUCAGGUAGUGGAGCAUCUGGGGGAGGAGGCAGUAGUGGUACUGCAAGUGGAAACUCUGGGUCAGGAGGAGGGGCAGGAAAUGGUAUUACCAGUGAGAGGGGUGGAGGAGGUAGUGGAGGAGGAUCUUACCAUAUUCCAGAUUCUAGUCCCUCCCCAUCUGGAAACUCGGGCAUUAUCCGCCCAGGGCUGCACUCCCCGGUGCCAGCAUGUCCCACGCAAUCUCCUGGAGGUGCUGGUUCAAAUAAAUACAUCUCCUCUGUUCUCUCUCCUACUUUCCUAAGCUCCCCACAGGGCUACACUGACACCAGAGGUCCUAGCUCCCAACCUCAGUCUUAUCACGCCACUGCCUCUAAAACAAAGGCUGACACGUCAAUGCUCGGAGUUGGUUCUCAGAGAUCUCAAGAGGAAGUAGAUGAUGAUGAUGAGUUCUUGAUUCAGCACUUGCUGCAGGCACAAGCGAGUCCUGCUCCCCAGGCUUCUCAUCACCAUCCCCAACAGCAGCCCCAACAGACAUCGCAGCAAACACAGCCUCAGCCUCAGUCAGCGCCACCAACAUCUGAUGCCGACAAAGGGCUGAGCUAUGACAUGGGAAAGUCCUCUGAAGAAAGGUAUCACCCCCAGAGUGUCAUACGCACCCACAGUGCCACAUCCUCUUCUGGGGUGGGUAAUGCAACAUCUGGAGGGUCUAUCUCCGGGCUAGACAGUCAGCUGGAGAUGUCAUUGAAGAAACAGCAGCAGCAGCAGCAACAACAACAGCAGCAGCAACACCAUCAUCGACAACAGCAAAGGAACGAGAGGCCCGUUGGGAGCAGCAGGAGUAGUGGGGGACAAGGCAGUGUUGAACAAGUGCACUCGCACCUUCUCCACCAUGACAACUUAGGCUCAGUCGUCCACUAUGGGCGAGGGGACCCGUAUACACAGCACUCCCUUGCUCCCCAACACUCUUCACAUAAUCAGCAUGUGUCUUCACAUUCACAGAUACCACCCCACAACCAGAUGGAGUUACAGAAAAAGGAGCGCGCUGAAAUCCCUUAUCCACGGAAAACGCCGGAAGUCCAGCCACAGCAUUCUCAGCCUCAAAGCACUGCAUCUCUUAUGGACUCCCCCACAGAUCAGUCCCACCAGUCACCACACCUCCUCCAAUCUGUGUUGUCCCAUACGACUCGCAACAAGCUUGAGUCUCAUACACAGCACCACAAGAUGGACACGCAUCAACAACAUCAACAGCAACAUCACAAACUAGACACUCAUCGGCAACACCAACAGCACCAUAAAAUGGACUCCCACCAACCACAUCAGCAACACCCGGAAAUGGACCCCCACCCACAGCAUCAGCAGCACCACAAGAUUGACUCCCAUCCCCAACAGCAGCAGCACUCCAUUGGUCAACAGCAAGCUGUGAUGGAUAGUGCUAGUGGACGACUUGGUUCGACUAAACAUCCAGCUCAAGCUCAGUCUCAAACAACCCAGCUCCAGCUUCAACUCCAGUCGCAGGCUUUAGAGGUGGCAGCGGCUCAUUACAACCAUGGACCUUCGUCACAUCAACACGAACAGGGUCAAGUCAAACAAAGCUCAGUGGUCUCAUCUUUGGACAUGCUGGAGCGCUCUCUUUCUCAGACCUCCAGCACAGAUGUAGCGAUUGCAGAGGAGAGACGUGGCGGACGGAGCGGAGGAAGCGGCGAGCGCCAUAGACAGCAACAGCAGGAGCAGCAGCAGAGGCAGCACCCGUCUCACCAUCACCCACAGCCACAUUCGGCCUCUGAACUCCACUCUUUCCUCUCUGAACCUGAAAUCGCCAUGCCCACCCCCUCCCACAUGCACCACCUUUCACAGCACCACCCUCAGCAGCAACAGCAGCACCCUAGCUCUCAGCACCAGCAAGCCCAUUCUCACCACCCUCACGCCCAGCCACAGACCCCACACCCUCACCAUAUACCCCCUCCGUCUGCCCCGGGACAUUCCCAACCUCAGCCUGAGCCGCAGCAGCCACUGCCGUCCCAGCUCACUCCCCAACAGAGCCAGUUAGACCAACAGCGCUCAGAGCAACACCAGUUUGACACGGUCAGCCCAGUGGAGAAAGACCAAACCCAACAAAGUAAUCGCUUUGUUCCCCUAACAUCCAUCUGCUUUCCUGACUCCCUUCUCCAGGAUGAGGACCGCUCCUUUUUUCCAGGCAUGGAAGACAUGUUUUGCGCAGAGGACUACAAGUCAAGUUGUGCUGGUGGUGCAGGACCAGGGCAGGAGGAGAUGAAUGAAAGCCAUACUGGGCAAGAGGGUAUGGGCUCUAUGAAAGCUGGACAGAGUGCCAGUGGACCAGGGGGCGGUAGUGGAGCUGGCUAUGAUAUAAUGGGUCAUCAUGGAGAUCAGGGUUAUGAGCCUUACUGUCAUAGCCUGGAAGAGCCCAGCAACAACACAAUGACUCUGGAUCUUGACUCCCUUAAAACCCACGAACUCCCCUCCACUGUUAACACUGAACAGCUUGGUUUAAUUCAGUCCCAGGGCCCAGCUAUGGGUAUGGGCUCGAAUAAUACUGGACCUAACAACCCCGCUGCAAAGCUGUCCUCCGGUCCUGGAGGAACAAGCACAGGGGCAGUUUCUGGAGGCCUCCAAUCACCGAUUUUCUGCUCAUCUCGUCCAAAGAAACUCCUCAAAUCUAGUUCUUUCCACCUCUUAAAGGAGCGCAGGGACCCCAACACACUGCCUAAGAAAAGUUAUGCUCAAGAAUACGAGUUUGAAGAUGAUGAGGAUAAAGCUGACCAGCCUGCUGACAUCAGGUUGAACAGCCGCAGGCUUCCAGACCUUCUGCCAGAUUUGGUGUCCAGCUGCAGGAAAGGAGGAGGAGGAAGUGGUUCUCUCAGCCCUUUGAUGGGUGACAUUGACUUCUACCAUGCCUCUGGCUACCCACAAAUGGGUGCCCACUCUCUUUUGCCUCAGGAUGGCCCUAAGAAGAGAGGCCGGAAGCCUACUAGGCCCAAGAGGGAGGGCCCCCCUCGGCCCAGAGGCAGGCCUCGCAUUCGCCCCAUGCCCGAGCCCUACACACCGCGAGGAAUGAUGGGCGAAAUGGGCGGAACAGUUGGCAGUGGCGGAGGGGGGUUCAAUGUGGAGGGGCGAGGCAGAGGCCGGGGCCGCGGGAGCAGAGGAAGAGGAGGUCGGAGAGAGGAUAUGUACAUGGAAAUGAGCGGGAAGGAGCAGGAGCAGAUGCAUCACCAUCACCACCACCAACAGCAACAGCAGCAGCAGCAGCAGCUUCAUCAUCAGCCCCAACAGCAACAGCAUGAACCGAUCCCACCAUUGAAGAUAAAGUUGCCAAUUCCCAUGUCCUCCUCUGAUGCCUUGCUGAGGACAGACUCUCUGUCUGGCACAGACCCUGCUUUGUCUGAUGGCUCAGUAGGCUCAGCCCCCUCACUUGGGCUCAGUCCUGGUCCUUGUAGCACUGAAAGCACCAGGGCGCAGGAUAAAAACAAGCAGAAAAGUCAGAUGAUGGAUGAAGGAAUAGAUGGGGAUGGUCUGGAGGAAAGGGGUGAUGAGAAGGACCCUGAGUCCAAGGCUGGCUUGGUUGCUUCUUUCUUGGACUUCCUUAAGACAGGGAAGAGACCCCCAGGCUUGGAUAUUUCCCCCGGAAUGGAAGCUGACAAUGGUGAAACUUCCCCGUGUAAAUCAGGGUUGCGCCCACUAUCCCCAGCACCUCCUCCACCACCACCUCCAUUUGGGGAUGGUGAAGGUAAUGGUGGUCUUGCCCUAGGCAGCUGCCCCAGCCCUAAGCGCUUGGAGGACGAGCUGAAGAGGAACCUGGAGACCCUACCGUCGUUCUCCUCAGAUGAGGAGGACUCGGUCGGAAAGAACCAAGACCUUCAGAAGAGCAUCUCCUCAGCCAUUUCCGCCCUGUACGACACUCCUCAACUGACCGCAAACAUCCAUCACUCGAUACCGCCUCCACCACCUCAGGCGCAACCUUCUCACUCCCCUCUGACACCCCCGUUGCAGCCCCCGACCCUUAGCCCUCAGACUGACAUUCAUACGCCCCACGCACAACCCCAGCCGAAUGAACCCUGCAUCCUCCAUCCAGAGGAUGAAAACAUGGACGUGAACAAGGAUGAGGAGAUUGACGACGAGAGAAGUUCUAGAGGGGAUGAGGAGAGCGAUAUGAUGGAGGAGAGAGAGCCGCAGCUGGAGAUGCUAGGCGCCCCUAAACUUGAAGUGUCCCUCCCGGAGAUUCCUCCUCCUGCAACCGCAACUUGCCAACCUCCUUCUGUCCCUCCCUCUCCUGCCUCCUCAUCUCCUCCUCCCUCCCCUCUUCCUCCUCUGUCUCUGCCCUCGCCUCCUCCUCCACCAGAAGAACAGGAGAACUCCAAGCCCUCGAGUCCCAUUGCCGCCAAAUCCCAGACGCCACCGCCUCUCCUGACCGCUACCCUCCCUCCGCUUGCCACUUCUCCUCCUUCUCCUCCCCCCACUUCUUUGACCCCAACUCCUCCUGCACAAGCUUCUCCCCAAAAGGAGUCUCCGACACCCUCGCCCGAGUCCGCCGCCUCUCCCGAAGAAGAGCGACCAUCUCCAAAGAACACCAACUUGCACCUGGCUCAGAAGCAGGAGGAUGCGGCCAUUGCGGGAGAGAGUGAGGAGGAUGACAGCGAGAGCGGCGGCGAGGGCAUCUUCAGAGAGAGGGAUGAAUUUGUGGUCCGUGUGGAGGACAUUCGAACACUCAAGUUGGCCUUGCAGACGGGCCGGGAGCCUCCACCCAUCUGGAGGGUCCAGAAAGCCCUGCUGCAGAAGUUCAGUCCAGAGAUCAAAGAUGGACAGAGACAGUUCUGUGCCACAAGCAAUUAUCUUGGCUACUUUGGAGAUGCCAAAAGACGUUACCAGCGCAUCUAUGUCAAGUUUUUGGAGAACGUUAAUAAGAAGGACUACGUCAGAGUCUGUUCUCGAAGACCGUGGCGCAGGACUGCGCCUGUUCUCAGGCGCCAGUCCUUCCCCAGAAUGGCUUCCCCUCCCGCAAGCCAAGCUCAACCAAAAGACGAGCGAUUAACCCCGUCCAACCAGCGGGAGAAGGAGCAGAAGGAGAAAUUGCGAACGACUCCACCGCCGGCAAAAGAACAACGGGAGAAAAAGGAGUCCUCAGCUGCGGUGGCCAAGGCCAAGGAGAAAGAGCGAGAGGCGGAGAAAGAUCAGCGAGUGCAACCGGCUCAGGACAAAGCAGAGAAACGAGCCACCGAACGUGGGAGGGCCAAGGACGAGAGGAAAGCACUGGAAAGAAAGGAGAAACCCGAGCGCCCACCGAAGUCCAAACCUACCAAGGUAAAGGCAGAACCACCACCCAAGAAGAGGAAGAAGUGGCUGAAGGAAGCUCCCUCCUCUUCAGACUCGGAUUCAUCGGAUGAAGCUGCUAGUGAGAAUGAAAUGCCCGUGAAAGGCGGCGUGAACAACCGAGCAAUGAGGGAAAUGUUCCGAAGCUACGUGGAAAUGCUCGUCAGCACAGCUCUGGAUCCCGACAUGAUCCAAGCCUUGGAGGACACAGAUGAUGAGCUUUACCUCCCCCCCAUGAGGAAGAUCGACAGCAUCCUCAGUGAACAGAAGCGGAGGUUGUUGAGGAGAGUCAGCAUGAGCUCUCCGCAUCAGGAGGUUGUGCAUGCAUACCCCCAGAUCAUCGUGGACCCCUUGGACUCGGGAGUGGUGAGGGUGCGGCUCAGCGGAGACGCCUACAACCGAAAGACCCUCAACAGAGUCAAGAAAACCCUGCCUAAACCACAGGACCUUAAGCUGACAUCUGACUCAUAUCGAAUCUACAGUCUGUACCACUCCCUGCAUCACUACAAAUACCACACGUUCUUACAGUGCAAGAAAGAGACUAACACGAUCGAGCAGGCGGCAGAGGACCCGGGCCAGGAGGAAGUGGUGCAGCAGUGCAUGGCCAACCAGAGCUGGCUGGACACGCUCUUCGGCUCCUUCAUCGAGCUGCUCACGCUCAGCACCAAAGCCUGAGAGGGAUGAGAUUAAUUAAAGUCGGAGGAUAUGAAAAAGAAAAAAAUAAUGAACUUGAUGGAUCCCACUGUACAGACCCCCUUCCCCCCAACCCAUCAAUUUUUCUCAAAUCUCAAAGAUCUGAGGAUGUAUUUUCAAAGCCCUUGAUGAACUCGAGGGAGGCUCAGAAACAAUGGCCUCCUUUUUUUUUUUCCUUCUUUUUCUUGAACAAUGACUAAAGAAAUGCGUUUCAUUGUGAGGAGUGGGACCCAACCAGAUUAGGGGUCACUUGCGGUUCAAGAGGAAUUUGACCACCCGUGAAAUGGGAACGCAAGGUCGGAAAGCGAGGAGCAACGCCAAGCCCGCAGAGGAGCCACUAACAUCUCGUUAACUGUGCGUCAUUAAGACAAUAGCUCGAAGAGAAACUAUUACUGCUUAGUUUUUACAUAAAUUAUUUUUUUGAAAAGACUAACAUCAGCUGUUGGCUUUGGGAAAGACUGAAAGAGGGUGAGAAUGCUUUUUAAACUGCGUGUGGAGUGUGCCGUGAGCAGCGUAAACAUGGACUCGAACCAUUAGAUGUGUGUGUCUCUCUCUCAUUCUGUGCUACGUGAAGGGCAGCACGACUCAGCCGUGUGAUAAUAUAUAAACAUUUUUAUUAUUUAUAUGAGGAGGUUUUUAACUUAACAAGCGCUGGAUUGCUGCCCUAACAUUUUAAAUACUUUAUAUUGUCCACACCUUCAGUAUACAAUCGUGACCCACAUAUCCAAGCUGUCUUCCCCUCAACACUUAAGAACAGACAUUAAGACAGACAUAAUGUAUCAAAUACAGUGGGUGUAAAAUAAUAAUUUAAAAAAAAAAGGAGAGAAAAAAGUGUGGGGAGUGUAUUUGAAACUUUACAUUGUUGUGCUUCAGUUCAGUCAUCAUUCAUGCAGAUGCAAAGAAAAAGAAGUAAACUGUCCAUUUCCCGUGUGGGAAGAAGGAGUAUAAAUAGGUAAUAUUUAAAAAGGAAAUAGUCAUGUCAUUUUUAUCAUUUUGAUGUAUGUGCAUACUUAUUUUGAAAACAAUCUAAUUUUCCAUUUAAAAAAAAGGAAAAAAAGGCGUGUAAAUAUUGUACAGUUCUUGAUGAUAUUCUUUGUCAUUCUGUACAUUAACUCUCCUGUAUUUGAGAAACAAAUAAAACCUGCAAAGAUCAAA